GAACUUGUCUUCUUCUUAUUAUAUACUCCAUAUAUAUACAACCAAUUCAUCAUAUUCUAAAAUUCAAAAACAAACUUGUUAAUAAAAACGUAUACACAAAAAAAAAAAAAAAAAAAAAAAAAAGAAAAAAAAGAUGGUAGAAACAGAUAUGAGUAAUGGAGUAAUCAAAGUUCCACGACCUGUUGUUAGAAAAUUUCAAGCAAGACCACAAUGUGAAGGUGUUGGUGCUGUUGUAAGAAGAAGUAUUGGCCGGUUUGAGCUCAAGUACUUUGAUCCUUUCCUUGUUCUGGAUGAAUUCUCAGUUACUGCUCCUGCUGGUUUCCCUGAUCAUCCACAUAGAGGAUUUGAGACAGUCACUUACAUGCUUCAGGGAGCAGUGACACAUGAAGAUUUUGCUGGACAUAAAGGAACAAUAGGUGCUGGUGAUGUACAAUGGAUGACUGCAGGAAGAGGGAUUGUUCACUCAGAAAUGCCCUCUGCACAAGGUGUCCAAAAGGGCUUGCAACUUUGGAUUAACCUAUCCUCUAAACAUAAGAUGAUAGAACCAAGAUAUCAGGAAAUACAGAGCAAAGAUAUAGCCGAAGCUGAGAAAAAUGGGGUAAAAGUUAGAGUAAUAGCAGGAGAAGCCCUAGGAAAAAAAUCAGCAGUUUAUACGAGAACACCAACAUUAUACCUUGAUUUUACAUUAAAACCAGGAUCGCAUCAUGUACAAUCAAUUCCUAAGUCAUGGAAUGGAUUUGUUUAUGUUUUAGAAGGAGAGGGUAUUUUUGGAAAUUCAAGAUCAUCACCUACAACAGCCCAUCACCUUCUUCUUCUUGGGCCUGGUGAUGGGCUUAUGGUUUGGAAUAAAUCCACUAAGUAUCUAAGAUUCAUUUUAGUAGGUGGUGAACCAUUGGGUGAACCCUUGGUUCAAUUUGGGCCUUUUGUGAUGAACACCCAAGAAGAGAUUGAUCAAACUAUUGAAGAUUUUGAGAAUUGUGUUAAUGGAUUUGAAAGAGCAAGGCAUUGGAAGUCACAAGCAAUGGUUGACUAAUUAUAUCAUUAUAUAAUAUAGUACUUAUAUGAUGUCUAAUAAUAUGAUUAUUAAUUAAGAUCUUAUUUAAAUCAUUUAUUGAUAUCAUUACUUUAUCUUUAUUUUCUUUUUAGUUGCAACUUGUUAGAUGUAGCAAAGUUCAAUGUUUGAGAUUUUAUAUUUUUUUAUUUUAACAUAGAAACUUUAUCAUGGAAACUUGUUUUAGUUAUUUUUAAUAUUACAUAAUAAUAAUAAUA